UAAUAUCAUGUAACAUCACAAGAAAAAUGGAGCUGUCAUUAGUUGAACAGUUGAAGUUUAGGAGUGGAGGUGUGUCUGGGGGAGUGUUCACAUAUUAAAGCAGACGUCCCUUUAAGUCUCAUCUUCACUUCUGCUUAGGAUGUUCAGGGCCUUUCAGGUGUAGAUUUUUUUUUUUUUUCCACUCAGAUAAGUCUGAGGCUCUUCCAUCUUAAAGAAUUAACCACAUCAAAAAAACAAUCUAAAACAUGGGCUGUGUUCAGAGCUUCAGGGAUAUGUGCGACCGUACAAAAAAUACCAAUGUUCGUUUUAGUCUUCCAGCAGUUUGUGUUGUGUGGCAAACGGCCAUGAUCAUCUUAUUUGGAGUUUUUAUUCGUUAUAAUGAAGAAUCAGACACACACUGGAUAGAGCAUCGAAAAGCUAAAAACAUAUCCAGUGACAUCGAGAAUGACUUCUACUUCAGAUAUCCAAGUUUCCAAGAUGUCCAUGUGAUGAUCUUUGUUGGAUGGUUCCUGAUGACGUUUCUGAAGCGGUACAGCUUCGGUGCCGUGGGUUUUAACUUCCUCAUCGCAGCCUUCGGCCUCCAAUGGGCGUUGUUGAUGCAGGGCUGGUUCCACUCCCUGGACUACACUGAUGGGAAGAUUAAAAUUGGAGUUGAAAACCUGAUCAAUGCAGAUUUCUGUGUGGCGGGUUGUUUGAUCGCCUACGGUGCUGUUCUGGGGAAAGUCAGUCCAGUCCAGCUCAUGGUUCUCACUCUAUUUGGGAUCACACUGUUUGCUGUGGAGGAGUUCAUUAUCCUAGACCUCAUACAUGCCAGAGAUGCCGGAGGCUCCAUGGUGAUCCACACAUUCGGGGGUUAUUAUGGUCUGGCCAUCUCGUGGAUGCUCUAUCGACCAAACCUGGACCAGAGCAGCCGCCUGCAGGGCUCCGUCUACCACUCUGAUGUCUUUGCCAUGAUUGGCACCCUCUUCCUGUGGAUGUUCUGGCCGAGCUUUAACUCUGCCAUCACUGACCACGGUGACGGGCAGCACAGAGCAGCCAUCAACACCUAUCUGGCCCUGGCCUCGACCGUCCUCACCACUGUGGCCGUCUCCAGCCUCUUCCAGAAACAUGGGAUAGACAUGGUCCACAUCCAGAACUCCACACUUGCUGGAGGCGUGGCAGUGGGAACAGCAGCAGAGUUCAUGCUGAUGCCUUACGGCUCUCUCAUUGUAGGAUUUUUGUGUGGCAUCGUCUCCACGCUGGGCUACAUCUACCUCACUCCCUUUAUGGAGAAGUAUCUGAAGAUCCAGGACACCUGUGGAAUCCAUAACCUUCAUGCCAUGCCAGGGGUCAUAGGAGGCAUCGUAGGGGCCAUCACUGCUGCAGCUGCAUCUGAGUCUGUUUAUGGAACUGAAGGGUUGAUUAACACCUUUGACUUUGAGGGUGAGUCAAAGAUGGUGCCCACUCGGCAGGGUGGUCACCAGGCAGCUGGCAUCUGUGUGGCGAUCUGCUCGGUGUGGGGGGACGGCAUUAUUGUCGGUUGUAUUUUGAGAUUGCCCAUCUGGGGAGAUGCUGCAGAUGACAACUGCUUUGAUGAUGAGCCUUACUGGGAGCUACCAGAAGAUGAAGAAAGCAUCCCACCCAUCCUACAGUACAACAACCACAUGCGGAACAAAGAUGUAGUGGAGUCAAAUUUUACUAUGGAGCAGAACUGACAACAACACACUGAUCUUGGAUAAUCUUCAUCUUUGUACUUCUUGACCUACUUGUUCCUUUUAUAUUCCUGCUCAAUAUGAAUAUAAAUUUAACACACAUGUGCCCUGAUAAUCAGAGCCAGUAACUGUUAAUGCGUUAAGCAAAUACCUGUUAAAGAUAGUUUAGAUUAGAAUUAAACCUGUUUUUCCAUGGAAAUGAAAAAAAAAAAGUCCCAUGUAUGUGAUUCAUGUAUGUGUUUUUUGUUGUUUCAAUCAAAUAAUUUUCAAUCAAAUAUCAGAGAAUUAAGACACUUUUUUUAUUUCAGUCAGCUAAAAAUAAUUUCAUGUGUGGCCGCCAGAAUAUGAGCAUUGAUUUGAAUUAAAUAAUAGCUCUAAAAAAUAUUUUAGACUGUGUUCUGAUGACUUUAGGUAGACUGUUUUCAUUUCGACUGCACUUUUAUGGAUUUCACACUUGAACCUUUACCCAUUUCAUAAUUUUUUCUUUAUUUUUACUGUCUCUUUGUGCGUGCAGUUACAUUUAUGUGAUGUAACAGGCUGCAGAGUUAAUCUAAAGUGAAUAGAUAGACUUUUAAAUCCAUCUGCACUUUCCUUUGUUACAUGUUUAUUUGGACUGUUGCAUAUUUUUUUUCCGUAUAUCGUCACUUUGUGAGUUUUACACUGAGAAUCAUGGAUAAUGUUACUGGUUAUUGAUUGAAAAAACAGCAAAAAUAAAUAAAUAAAUAAAUAAAAGCUGUGAUGUUUGUUUUAAACUAAAUUAUGCUGUGGAAUAAAGGAUAUUUUUCUCCAUAUUA